AUGACAGAAUAAUAUUUUAGUUCUAAUAUUGAUGAAGUAGAUACAGUUGAGGAUAAACUGAUACACCUCAAAAUUGAAUCUUUAAGUGAACUUCAACUGAAGAGUCUUGAAAAUGAAGCUUAAAAAUUCUAGUCUAACAAAUAGAUUACAAUAUCUUUCAAAAAAUCUUCAGUUUCUAUUGCAAAGAAUUAAAUCAACCUUUUCACUGAUAUCAUAUUAAAGAAUACUUAAUUUGAAUCACUUCAUAUAAAAAAUAGGUAUUCUAAUGGAUCUUAAUAGAAUGUUUUGAGUAUCCUUCAGCAAACAGAUAAGGAGCGCAUAUAGAAGCUUUUAUUAGACUUUAAGAAGAAUGACUUGAAUUAGGAAGAAGCAGAAACCUUAAACCAAGAAAUAUCUAGCUUAGUUAAUCUUUAAGAGUUAUAAUUGAUCAUUUCUUGGCAUACUUGUUCAUCAUUUUAUUUAGACUCUCUUAAAAAUUUAAGAAAAUGCAGUAAACUUCAUAAGUUAACUAUUUCACUAGAAAAAACUCCUAUCGGAUCAGCAGAUUUAGAGAAACUUAUAAAAUAGGUAUCUGAAAUAGAACAAUUGAAGUCAUUAAAACUCAAAAUCAACGGAGAUUAAUUGAACAUAUCUGAUUCUCAUAUUCUUAAAAUAAUUCCUUCUAAACUGUUAAAUUUAGAAGAAUUGAGUAUAAUGGUAGACCGUAGCACUAUAUAAAAUACACUAACUAAAGGUGAUAUGGAAUUGGAAGAAGAGCAAAUUUAAAACUCUAACCUAAAGAAACUAGUCUUACAUGAAAAUUUUGAUGAAGAUUUAUAGGAAUGUCAAACACAAAGCUUAUAAUUUGGUUUUAAUUUAUUAAAUUCCUAUCCAAAUCUUAGAAAGUUGAAUCUUAAUUUACAUAAUUUGACAGAAUCAGAUUAUAUGCAGUAUUAUUAAUCAAUUAGUAAGUAGAAUUAAUUGGAAGAUCUGCAAAUAUCUUUUAAGAAUAAUUAAUAAAAUGAAAAACUAGCUUAAGAAUUUUAAAAUAGUUUAUCUCAUUUAAAAUUACUCAAAAAAUUGAAUCUUUCAGUUGAUUUAGUAUAGGAUUUUACACAUUUCUACUUACCAAAAAUUUUAUAAAACUGUGUCUAAAUUUUUGAUUUGUAGCUUUAAGUUGUUUCUUUUAACUUCGAUGAAAACUCAUAGAAACAGCUUUUUGAUAUUUUACCUAAUUUAGCAAACUUAUAAAAUUUGAAAUUGCUAUUCCCUGCUGACGUUUAGAAGACCCUACCUUUAAGCUUUACAAAAUCCAUAAGCAAAUGCUUAAAUCUAUAGAAUUUAGAGCUAAAUUUAAAAGGUGGUGAUGCUAUAAACAAAUAAAAAAUUAAAAUCCGACUAACAGAUCCAGGAAAUCAAUAUAAAGUGUAUAGAUACAAGGAUUUCAGAAGUUUUUUUAACCAUUUACAAACAGUUCUCUUCAAAUAAAGAAUAACUAAAUCUUUACAUUUUUUUAAAGCUCCUAAGUUAGUUUCUUAUCAAAUCCUUUGA